GUCGAAAUAAAUUAGUUCAAAUUCUAAAUUUUAAACAUAGAAAAAAUAUCAAUGAAAACACUCAUCCAAAUAAUAAUUAGACGAUUAUCACAAUCAAAUAACUAGAGAGGAUAGUUUGAAAAAGUGUCUUUAUUGAAUUUUCUUUUUCAUUUGAAACGAAACCCUGUAUAAGAUGGACGGUUGUGGAAUUUCUUGCUGGCACCCACAGUGGAUACAGAAAUUUGCAAAAACAAGUUGGUUUAUUGUUGUUUAUUCGCUGCUCGGGACAAUUCAAUCGGCUGGUACUACGUACUUUAAUAUCACAUUAACUACAAUUGAAAAACGCUUCAAAAUUCCUAGCCAAACAACAGGAAUUAUAAUCAGUGGCAACGAGAUAUCGCAGAUUUUAUUGUCAUUGAUUUUAACGUAUUUUGGUGGUCAAAAAAAUACUCCAAAAUGGAUGUCAUGGGGUAUUGCUCUAAGCGCGUUAUCAUGUUUCAUAUUGGCGUCGCCCCACUUCAUUUAUGGUGCUGGCGAAGAAGCACUACAAUACACACAAGAAUACUCAUCAUGGAAUCAGAAUAUUUCGUCAGAGAUCGGUUUGAAUUCGAAAAAUCUCAAAAAUAAAAUAUGCCAAAAAUCCGCCAUAUUUGGUGACGAAUGCGAUGAGAUAUUUUCUUAUAUACCUCUAUUCCUGAUAUUUUUAUCGCAAUUCGUGCUCGGAAUUGGCAACACACUUUACUAUUCACUCGGAACAACAUACAUCGAUGAUAACACAAAUCAACGUAACUCUCCGUUAAUGUUGUCUUAUGCAUCUGCAAUGCGUAUUUUCGGUCCAGCGUUCGGAUACGGAUUCAGUUACAUAAUAUUAAAGCGAUUUUAUAUUGCUCUCACGCUAACACCGUUAAUUUCAAGAGACGAUCAACGCUGGAUGGGUGCUUGGUGGGUUGGUUGGCUAUUGAUUGGUGUAUUGAUGUUUAUUUUCUCUGGCGUAAUUGGUUUAUUUCCAAAAAGUCUGAAGAAAGAAAAAACGGUGGAAAAACAUGAAAUGGACGAAGAAAAAUGUGAGUCGGAACAAAAAACUGAAGAGAUUGAAAACGGUAAACUGAAAGAUUUUCCAAAAGCGAUAUGGCGAUUAUUAACGAAUAAGUUACUGAUGUUAAACUGUUUCGCUAUUACAUUUUAUACAAUUUCUUUUUCUGGUCCCAUGACAUUCAUGGGUCGAAUAAUGGAAGUUCAAUUUAAUAAAACGUCAGCCGGAGGAAGUGCUUUUACUGGACCAAUCAACAUGUUUGGGUUGGCGGCGGGCAUUUUAUUGAGUGGUUAUAUUAUUAAAAAAUAUCAACCAUCACCGAAGUACUUAUUUCUUUGGAAUUUUGUUAUUGGUUUAGUCACAGUGUUUUGUAUAUUAUCAUAUACCCAACUGGGAUGUGACAACAGUCAAUCAUUGACGGUCGAUCAAUCGAUGGUUUCAUGUAAUGCGAACUGUGUUUGUGAAGGAAUUUCUUACACUCCUCUAUGUGACCAUUCAACAAGUACAACAUAUUUUUCACCGUGUCAUGCUGGAUGCAAGACGUUCGAUGAAAAGUUAAACGCUUACAACAAUUGCUCGUGUACUGAAGGCCCAUCAAGUGAAAUUCAAGUGGAGCACCAUGUUUCAUCUGGUGCAUGCAUUGGAGAUUGCAAUUUUGACUUCUAUGCAUACACACUAAUUUCAUUGUUAUCAGGCUUUUUCCUUAUUACUGGUUUUAUGUCAGUCAUAUUAGUUGGUUUACGAUCAGUGGAACCACGAGACAAAGCAUUGGGCCAAGGCUUCUCGCUAUUUAUAACUAGUUUAUUUGCUUUAAUUCCGGCACCCAUCAUUUUUGGUCGCAUUAUCGAUUCCACUUGUUUAAUUUGGAACCAUAAGUGUGGACGGCAAGGCAAUUGCCUCUUGUAUGACUCAAUCAAAUUUCGAUAUUAUAUUCAUACCGCUUCAGCCAUUUCCCUCGCGAUUGGCGCUUGUUUUCAGUUCAUGAUUUGGUACUAUGGCAGAGAUAUUGAUUUAUACGGCGAUUCAAAUAAUGAUAAACAAAAAUGUGUCAAAGUAGAAGACGACCCAUCCGAAAUUGAGCCACUUAAUACAAAUUAUUAACUUUUUAUUUAAUCAAUAAAAAUUACUUAACCAGA